AUGGCGUCCUCAAGUCUGAGCUCGACGACGAGUUCCUCUUCGAUUUCUAAGGAUUCUCACGACUUGAGUCUCGAGCUUCAGCCUGCGCCGCUACGUCUUCCUUCACGCAAAGCAGAUGCGAAUUUUGAUGGCUCCAAGUCCGUGGACAAGGAACAUAUGUCGGCCGCAGAGGAGGAUUCUUCUACCGUCGCUAUUCGCAAGGAAAUCACUCCACCACCACCUGAGCCAACUGUCACCAAUGCUACGUCGCAGCGCCGCCCUACUGCUCCAAAACUAGGGUCGCUUGUGUCGAAGUUCGAGAUUCUCGAUGCGGUAAAUAACGUUGAGAGCAGUUAUGCGUUUAAAUCCAAACCGAGUGGGAUACCACGAGGGCAGACGACUACAGGGAAAGGUGGAGUUGCGUCUGAGGCGUUACAAAAGAUUGAUUCCAUAAAUAAGCAAGGUGUUACCGAGAAAUCCGCGGACGUAUCUCCAAGACAAGUUAUGUCACCGCCUCCUGCAGGAAACAAGUCGAAACUUCCGGUGAGCACGCUGUCCAAGCCAGUGGUAGGGAACCAUAGCUCUGAAGCUGUUCCUCGACUCCACAAGAAUAUCGAGGGGAUAUCAGCCGCCGAAGAAAAAGGGAAAUCGGUAGAAAAACAAUAUUCGUCAAGCCGGGACUCGGCAGAUGAUGACCCUCACGUUGCUCCAUCUCGUGGAACCUCUUCUCGGACACGCGGACGCCCUGGAUAG